CCGCCCGCCCCCGCGGCGCCCCCGCCCGCCGCCCCUCCGCGCCGGCCCCGGGCUCGCGGGCAGCGGGAGCGGCCUCAAGAUGGACGAAGGCGGCGGCGGCGGCGAGGGCGGCGUGCCCGAGGACCUGUCCUCAGAGGAGCGGGAGGAGCUGCUAGACAUCCGCCGCAGGAAGAAGGAGCUCAUCGAUGACAUCGAGAGACUGAAGUACGAGAUCGCCGAGGUCAUGACCGAGAUUGACAACCUGACGUCGGUGGAGGAGAGCAAAACGUCCCAGAGGAACAAGCACAUCGCCAUGGGGCGGAAGAAGUUCAACAUGGACCCCAAGAAGGGCAUCCAGUUCCUGGUGGAGAACGGGCUGCUGCAGAGCGCCCCCGAGGACGUGGCGCAGUUCCUGUACAAGGGCGAGGGCCUCAACAAGACCGUCAUCGGGGACUACCUGGGGGAGCGGGACGAGUUCAACAUCAAAGUGCUCCAGGCGUUUGUCGAGCUCCACGAGUUUGCCGACCUCAACCUCGUCCAGGCCUUAAGGCAGUUCCUGUGGAGCUUCCGGCUCCCCGGCGAGGCCCAGAAGAUCGACCGCAUGAUGGAGGCGUUCGCGUCCCGCUAUUGCCUGUGCAACCCCGGGGUGUUCCAGUCCACCGACACGUGCUACGUGCUGUCCUUCGCCAUCAUCAUGCUCAACACCAGCCUGCACAACCACAACGUGCGGGACAAGCCCACGGCCGAGCGCUUCGUCACCAUGAACCGCGGCAUCAACGAGGGCGGGGACCUGCCGGAGGAGCUGCUGCGGAACUUGUAUGAGAGCAUCAAGAACGAGCCGUUCAAGAUCCCGGAGGACGACGGCAACGACCUGACGCACACGUUCUUCAACCCGGACCGCGAGGGCUGGCUGCUGAAGCUGGGCGGCCGUGUGAAGACCUGGAAGCGGCGGUGGUUCAUCCUCACGGACAACUGCCUCUACUACUUCGAGUACACGACGGACAAGGAGCCGCGGGGCAUCAUCCCGCUGGAGAACCUCAGCAUCCGGGAGGUGGAGGACCCCCGGAAGCCCCACUGCUUCGAGCUCUAUAACCCCAGCCACAAGGGGCAGCUCAUCAAAGCCUGCAAGACGGAGGCGGACGGCCGCGUGGUGGAGGGCAACCACGUGGUGUACCGCAUCUCAGCGCCCAGCCCCGAGGAGAAGGAGGAGUGGAUCAAGUCCAUCAGGGCGAGCAUCAGCAGGGACCCGUUCUACGACAUGCUGGCCACGCGGAAGAGGAGGAUUGCCAAUAAGAAGUAGCUUCCCCGCCUGAACAGGUAAAAGGAAAACCCAGACGCACCGCCGAGGGGCCGGGCAGGCAGCCCGCGGGCCCCCGAAGCUUCAUGGGCCGCGUCUGCGGAGCGACACGACGCCCCCGCCAAGCCCUCCCCCUCCUCGCGGUUCCCCGUGGCAGCAGCACCGGGAGCCGAGCCGCGGACUCGGGCGCGAGGUCUGCCAAGGAACCUCGCUCCUACCUGUCACCACACGUGCUCAUGCGUGGUGUUCACUGUUCUAGAAGCUUCUGUUUUAUAUCAAAACAGGAAAGAAAAGCUACCACUUUUUUAUUCAGAUUUUUUUCUCAGAUACAUAGGACUAUAGCUUUUAUAUGCCUUUUUAUAUCCUGAAAUUAUGAAAGAUACUAAUGUACUAUUUUUAGAACGGCAGCUAUAAACAUAACACCCGCCACAAGCAUAUCCGGUGCACGGAUGGGAGUGACGCAGACGCUAUAUGUGCAGCAGCCGGGGCAGCACUGCGCUGGGCGCCCCAUCCCUCCUGGGACAGGGUCCGACGCCCGGGGGACCUCAGCCUGGCUCGGAGGCCCCCAGAGACUCUCAAAAGGCCCAUCAGCAACACUUACCAUGGGAGGCUUUUGUCCCAUCACUGCUGAGCCCCGCACAGACUCUGUGUGGGACCAGACGGAGCUGCCACGUGGACCCCUCACGCAGCAGUUCCACCUGGUUCCACGGAACGCGUGGCUGGUUCAGCUGUGCCCAGUCUUCGCUCAGAUCCUCGGUGCAGAAAGGAGCUGGUGUCACUGACCUGCCGGUGGACCAGGCUGCUCAGUAGAAAGCGACGGUGUGAGAGGGACUGGGGACACGUCACUGCACGUGUCGGAGCUGGCCUGUCCGUCACGUGGAGCGCGCAGUGGGGCAACGUGGCACCAAGGGCUCCUGUCAUCCGUGUGGCCCAGUGUUCGCUGCGUGGACCUCUCGAACCCAGGACCGGGUGGCCCGGUCACGUCAGGAUGCGAUGGCUGGGCCCCAGCACGUCCCAGCCCAGACCCUGGUGCACAGGGGCGGGCCAGCACCGUGCUGGUCCUUGGGGACACAUGCUUGCUUCUCCGGGGGCUUUAGCCCAUCGCUCCUCUCCCGGUCCGUCCUUCCUCUUGGGAGAGCCUGGUCCGAGGCUCAGUCAGACCGGCCUCCGCACGACGUAGAGGAGCCUCCUGAGCAUGGCCUGAGGCUGGGUGGCCGUGGGCCGAGCCUCAAGCUGCUGACCUUGACGUAGCUCUAAGUCACACGACUGAAAGGGCUGAGCCCACGGCCCCCCGACAUCAGACGGGCUUUCUGGCUUGUUCCAAGCUCUUCGGCUUUGCAUUGUGCUCAUUCCUCAAACUCGAAGCUUUAGUUUUGGAGAAAGGCACGUCUUCAUCCUCAAAACGCCCGGCUGCUGCGUGUGCAACUCUGGCCUCUGAACACGGAGCGACAGCGCCGCCCCGCGGCUGGCCCCUGCCCAGGACGGCCCGCCGCAUCGGUACCAGGCGUGGACGUUGUCCUGGGACCAGGUAGGACCCUGAGAGACAGGGCUGUCGGGCGUGGGAAACCCCGGUGGGACGCGUCUCUGGCCGCCUGUGCAGGCCUCGGCGCAGAAAGCCAUGGUGCUAGAGCUGUGCUUGCCUCACGCUGCGGGAAGCCCCCAGCUGCAGGUCGUGCUGUGACAGUAUUAGCCUGGCAGGCCCGUAGCCGUCACCCACUGCGCCAGUGUGCUCAGUGCUGAGUUAUUACCCGCUUUGGCCAAAGACACGCUCCCCGAGACCCAGGGCAGCGGGGAGGGCGCUGGGCAGACGCAGCGCCCACCGCCUGGGGGGCGGGGGGCGGGGGAGGCCUCCUUUCUCUGUUGGAGCCCAGACAAGCAGGCGUCCUCAGGGUCACAGGCAGUUUGAGCAGUUUGAUGUGGUACCAAACUGCGUCCAAACCGAAGCUGCUUCCAGGUAAAGGUGCAGACCCACAUAGACACGCUUUGCGAAAUUACCGUAGGUCAGAGGCCACACUGAUGUUUUCUUAGACAUUCUAUUUACAGUACAUAUCGUUAAUAUGUGAAUAAUGUACAUAUAUGUUGAUUCCUGGAGUGUUUAUUCAAUGUAUAUACUCCCACAGUUUGCAUGAAGAAAUAGCCUACAUCAGUAUUUUGUUGUAAAUAGUAAAACCGGAGGGUGUGUCGCUGCCAAAUACUAUGUUCACCGAAUAAAAGGAAAUCAUUGUUACAA